AUUGGCCCCUCUGCGGCGUCUUCUCCGGCUGGUCGCCAGGCCAGUGCGUCACGUGGCCGAGAAGCGUCCAGGCGCCGAGCCGCGGGCCUCCUAGCAUGGACUCUCAGGCCGCCCGGGCCCAGGCGCCUGGGGCCGCGGAGCCGCCUCGGGGCCCGCCGCUGCGGAGCGCGCGGGAGGCGCCCCCCAGCCUGGGGGUUGACUUUGCCAUACCUGACCAUUCCCAUCUGAAGGAGACAGAGACUGAGAAGGCCAUGGAUAGACUAGCCAGUGGAGCACAGAGUAUCACAAAUGAUUCUCCUUCCCAUGGUGAAGGCACCCAUUCUGAAGAGGAAGGCUUUACUUUGGAUGAUGAAGAUUCUGAUGGGGAGCCAAAUCCCUGGGAGCUGCCAGAAGGGGUGUCUGAUGGCAUGUCCAAGGCACAGACUGCCGAUCUUUUUAAUGAGGAUUGGGACUUGGAGUUGAAAGCAGAUCAAGAGAAUCCAUAUGAUGCUGAUGACAUCCAGGAGAGCAUUUUUCAAGAGGUCAAACCUUGGGUGUGCUGUGCCCCACAAGGAGACAUGAUCUAUGACCCCAGCUGGCACCAUCCACCUCCACUGAUACCCCAUUAUUCCAAGAUGGUCUUUGAAACGGGACAGUUUGAUGAUGCUGAAGACUGAGUUCUGUGGGUGGGGUGGGAGUGGCCAGGUUAAGGCUGCUCUUCCUUUUUAAGGUGAGAUGUCCUAUCUGGGAAAACAUUCCUGGACAGCCCUAGGUCUGGGGUACAUAGACUGGUGUUAAAUAAGGUCCCACUGUUCUCCCCAGUUUUUUCUCUCUUUCCCUCUCCAUUUUUUAUUAUUUUAUUUUAUUUUAAAAUUUUGUGGGCUCCUCCUUGGAAUGUGUCAGUGUUUGUGUCUGUAUUAGGAGGAGGAGUUGUGUUCUUUUUAAAUAAAGGUAGAAAGUAUCAAUAUGCUUUGUCUGCUUUUCCCCCCACCUUUUUAACUGGAUGCUUCUGAGCAAGGCCUUACUCCACCAUUUAAAGUCUCUGAAUUAUAUUUUAAAGACUGAAGUACUUGGAGGCAUAUGAAAGAAAAUACCUUUUCAGUUUUGCUUCUGUAGGUGUGGCAUUAUUGGCCCGGAAUAAAAAUCCAAGAGAAAUUGA